AUGUUUUUGGCUUAAGGUGAGAAGCCUGGGAACGAGCUGGAGGAGGUGAAGCUUCAGAAUGCCAGCAAGCAGAUUGUUCAGAAUGCCAUCCUGCAAGCCGUGCGACAAGUCUCCCAGGAGAGCCUGCGGAGGGAAGGCAGAGCCGGUGACAGCAGGGUCCGGGGCCAGCUGGGAGGGCGCGAGCUGACCAAGAAACAUGAAAAGAAGUAA